GUUUUCUCCUGACCCUCGCUGGUUUGUCUCUGCUGUUUUAUCUUUGCUCGAAGUUGGUGGCGGCGGAGCCUCUCUGGGGGCCCCUGGUGUUGCAGCAGCACUAGCAGCAAGCAGCAGCAGCAGCAGCAGCAGCACCAGCAGCAGCAGCGCAGCAGCAGCACAUGCUGCGCAGUCUCUUAUGCAGCUUGUUGUUGAGGGGAGCGGUGGAAGCCCUGAAGAAGAGUUAGGGUUUAGGGUUUAUGUUGUUAAUGCUUUGGUGCUGCUGCUGCAGCAGAAAAAACACUUGCCAGACAUCCUUAUUCAGGUCUCGAGCUGGGUGUUAGGAGAGUACGGCUCUCUUUGCUCUGUCCCCGGAGUAAAGCAGCGAGAUCUGCUGGGGUUGCUGAGGGAGGCGUGGCAGCGGAGCUCAAACACCUGCACUAGAGGCUGGGUUGUGUGGGCGCUGGUGAAGCUUUCUGCUGUAAAUGCAGCAGCAGCAGCAGCAGCAGCAGGAGCAGGAGCAGCAGCAGGAGCAGCAACAGUCGAUGGUCUCGUGCUGCAGCUGCUGCAGCAGCAGCAAAAGCACCUGGCGCCCACUGAAAUUCAAGAGAGAUGCUUCCGAGGGUCUCUGCUGCUGCAGCUGCUCUCCCCCAAGCUUCUAGGGGAGGUCUUUCCCUUCGAUGCGGCCAACGAAGACAUCCCUGCUGAUGCUCUUCUAAACAUUGGGGCGGCCUAUGCACGUGCUGCCGUUGCAGCAGGAGCAGCAGCGUACGUCCCUCCCAGCAAGAGGGCAGCAGCAGCAGCAGCAGCAGCAGCAGCUGCUGCUGCUGCUGCUGUUGUUUCGCCAGACGGAAGUGUAGAAGGAGCAGCAAACGCCUUGCAGCACCAACAAGCACAUCACUCUGCCGCUUUGAAUUUUACUCCUUACGCCCCGCCUACACCCCCUCAGCAGCAGCAGCAGCAGCAACAGCAGCAGCAGCAGCACACUGCAGGAGAUUCGGCUGCCUCUACCACGGGACUAAAAGUGCUUGGGCCUCGUCGUUGGGGUCCGUCAGGUUUUUUAGGCUCAACAAAUGGCGGCGAUCCUGCUGCAGCAGCAGCUGCUGCUGCUGCUCCUGUUCCUGCUGCUGCUGUUAGCAGCAGCAGCAGCUGGCAGCCGCAUGCAGCGAUUGACGCGGUGUCUGCAAUAGAUCUGCCGCCGCAGCCCCAGUACAUCCAGCAGCAGCAGCAGCAGCAGCAGCAGCAGCAGCGAGAACCGACAGAAAGAGAGCGCAUGGCAGCUGCACUGUUUGGAGGGCUUACAGGCGACACACCGGCAGCAGAAACAGCAACAGCAGCAGCAAUAGCAGCAGCAGCAGCAGCAGCAGCACCUGCUUUUCCUGCUGCUGUACGGCCAGCCGGUAGUACACACAUUUCUCCAGCAGCAGCAGCAAUCCCAGAGUCAGCAGCAGCUGCUGCAGCUGCUGCAGCAGCUGCUGCUGCUGCUGCACCUCCACCCACAGCAACGCAUCAGCCUUCCCCUCCAGUGGACCUGCUAGACCUUGACAGCAGCAGCAGCAGCAGCAGCAGCAGCAGCAGCAGCGGGGUGGAUGACCUCGUAAUGGAUGUUCUCUCGCUCAGUUUGCAGCAGCAGCAGCAGCAGCAGCAACAGCAGCCUCCGCUGCAGCCGCUUACACUGACAACAGAACAGCUGGGGAGCGGGUGGUCUUCGUUGAGUGGGGAGGCAGCAGCAACUGCUGCGCUGCAGCGGCCGCAACUUUGUGAAGAAUUUGCUAGAGGAGUCUUUGCUAAUUCUCUUGGAGUUGCAGUGGUUGAGGUUAUAGGAGAUGAAGCUGUUGCUGCGGGCACUGCAGCAGAAGGUCUGGUGUACAUACACCUCAGUUUAGACGCUCCUGCUGCUGCAGUCAGCUUUCAACUUAGCAGACCGCAUCGCAGCAGUUUGCAGCAGCCUUUGAGGGUGAAGCAGCUGCAGCAUCAGCUGCAGCAGCAGCAACUGCUAAAGCUGUAG